UCCAACGGUUCCCCCGCGUCAAACAUUAACUCGGACGAACGCGUGUCGCAACUCACGCAACAACAACAACUCCGUAUAGACGAGAAUCUACAUACAACACGACAAAAUAAUGGCGACAACACGCUCUCUGCAUAUCCUCAACAGACAGCGGCAUUUCCUGAACAAGGUGCACUCAACAUGGCUGGUCAGAGGUUUUGCGAAUAAAAGCGAUGAAGGCUGGUUGAGUUCCAUGUUUGCACACAAAGUGGAUGCCAGGAAAGAUGCCCACUCCAAUCUGCUCUCCAAGAAAGAAACCAGCAACCUCUACAAGAUUCAGUUUCACAAUGUCAAGCCAGAGUGCAUGGAGGCAUACAAUAAAAUGUCGGAUGAGGUACAGAAAGAACUUCACCGGGAUGCGAGUUAUCCGUGUGAAGUCAUCGGAAGCUGGAACACGUGGUAUGGGGAACAGGAUCAAGCGGUGCAUCUCUGGAGGUAUUCCGGCGGGUAUCCCGCUCUAACCGAGUGUUUGAGCAAACUCAACAGCAAUACGGCUUAUCUUGCAUUUCGAAAAGAGAGGAGUAAAAUGCUGAUCUCCCGAUGCAACCAGCUUCUUCUGGAGUUCAGUUUCUGGAACGAGCCUGCACCCAGAAGCGGCCCCAACAUUUACGAACUGAGAACAUAUCAACUAGUACCUGGAACAAUGAUUGAAUGGGGAAAUCACUGGGCUCGAGCCAUCAAAUAUAGACAGGAAAAUAAUGAAGCGGUGGGAGGCUUCUUCACACAGAUCGGGGAAUUGUACGUCGUUCAUCAUUUAUGGGCCUAUAAAGACCUGCAGUCUAGAGAAGAGACCAGAAAUGCUGCUUGGUUAAAAGAGGGCUGGGAUGCCAAUGUGCACUAUACCAUGCCUCUUAUCCAAAAGAUGGAAUCGAGAAUUAUGAUUCCCAUGGAACAUUCGCCUCUGCAGUAAAAUCGGCAGCGUUUCGUCUGUGAUGAUACCAAAUACACAAUCCACCAGCUCUGACUUAAUCAAACACAUCCGAAGCAGAUGAUCGUGCUCUUCAGGUCCCCUUCAAGUAGACAGGCAGUUGUGUUAGAGAGGAGCCGGACCUAAAGCCUGCAAGAAGGCAGACCUGUGCAGGUGUCGAAGUCAAUCUGAGAGAUACGAUGAGAGAGCUCGGACUGUUAAAGCAUGUGUUGAUCCGGUCGUUCUUCUUUCUCGUGCAUCAUUUGGCCUGUUGCAGUGUCUGAAGAAACUGCCUGUCAGUGUAGCCUUUUAUCUACAAUUAAAAGAAAUUUGCUAAAUUGAAUAAAUUUAUUGGAAUGCUUCA